UGACAUAACAGCAGAGCUUGUCAGGGAAGAGCAUUUCUCAGGUACAGUGCACUGAAGUAACUCAGAUGCUUACCAGCUCCAUUUUAGUUAGGACUGGGCACAGGCUUGCUGCAGGAAGUGGUCUAUCUAGUGAGUCAGGGAGCUGAUCCAGAUGAGAUUGGACUAAUGAAUAUAGAUGAACAACUUCCAGUCCUAGAGUACCCUCAGCCUGGUCUGGACAUCAUCAAGGAACUGACAUCUCCUCGCCUCAUAAAAAGCCACCUACCGUAUCGUUUUUUGCCUUCAGACCUCCAUAAUGGUAAUUCAAAGGUCAUAUACAUGGCUCGAAACCCCAAAGACCUGGUGGUGUCUUAUUACCAGUUCCACCGCUCUCUAAGGACCAUGAGCUACAGAGGAACGUUCCAGGAGUUCUGCAGAAGGUUUAUGAAUGACAAGUUAGGAUAUGGCUCGUGGUUUGAACAUGUGCAAGAGUUUUGGGAACAUCACAUGGAUGCCAAUGUCCUUUUUCUCAAGUAUGAAGAUAUGCAUAAGGACCUAGCAACAAUGGUUGAGCAGCUGGUGAGGUUUUUGGGAGUUUCUUACGACAAAGCACAGUUGGAAUCCAUGGUGGAACACUGCCAUCAACUCAUUGAUCAGUGCUGUAAUGCAGAAGCACUUCCUGUUGGCAGGGGACGAGUUGGGCUGUGGAAAGACAUCUUCACUGUUUCCAUGAAUGAAAAAUUUGAUUUAGUUUAUAAACAGAAGAUGGGAAAAUGCGACCUCACAUUUGAUUUUUAUUUAUAAAAAAAAAAUGCAUGCAUAUGAUAUCCAAAUAUAGCUAGAAGUGCUUUAUGCAUCAUUUAUUACCUGCUGGACAAACUACUGUAGCUAUUAUGUGUAACAAGGUUUAAAGAAAGAAAAACAAUCUAAGUAAACCAUAUGGGAUAAAAUUAUCUUUGAUCCUAAGCAGCUGUUUAUCUUCUAGUAUUUUAGUCCUUUGUCCCCAUGCAAGAACCUCCCAGACAAUACUAGAAUAUUCAGCUGUGAUGGAAUGUAUUAUAUACAUGUAAGGUAUGUAUCAUAUAUGCAACUAGAAUGUACACCUUUUUGGCCCCACAUUGAUUAUUUAAUGUGUUUUAUAAAAGCUUUUCACUAGAACCUAAAUAAACGUCCAUAAACCAAA